AUGCUCGCUGUCCUCCAGACAACAUCCAAGAAGAUGCACCUUUUCGCAUUCCUAGCGUUUCUGCUUGUUGCCGUCUCAGUCACGGAGGCAUGCGUUACCGGCAAAACUGGUUAUCCAUCAUUCAGAAGCAGCGCCGCCUUCCAAAACCCAAAGCCCAACAAGCCAACAGGUAUGUCUUUUUGUCGGCAUCAGUAUAUUUUGCACGCAAGGCAAUUCACACAUUUAAAUUCUCAUAUUCCCGCAAUGCGGACGAGUAUUCAUCCACAGCUUCAUCUGCCGAAUUUCGACGCCUGUUGGCAAGAACUGGUGUGUGCAUGUACCUCACACUUGCGCAUUUGCACGUUUAUGAACACCCCCCUAACCCCAACCCAACCAACAGUAGGCAUUUUAAAUACUGUCAUACGUCAGACGCACAGAUUAGACUGGCCGGUCUGCAAUGCUUCCAUGGUCGGGCACACAUCUGCCCCAGUGUGUUAAGGAAGACACUUCCAUCGUAACCAACGUAAUGCGAAGAUCACAUUGGGCUAAUUACUCUUAAAAUACGUUUGAAACGUUGUCUUUUGAAGCACAAUUGAAACUGCGAAUCACAUAAUGUCCUUCCAUGCUAACCAAACUGCCAUCAUUUUACUCUUCAAGCACUUGAGAAGCCAUUUGGCCCUUUGAGCCCAAAGAUGUGGUAGAGAUGAGAACGCUGCGUAAGUUAUACUUUUUAGCACAUAGAAGUGCCAUUGCAUGAUAGAUGAGAUUUCAUAAUGCAGAUGUUCAUUAACGUCACAUUUCCCUAGGAAUGGGAAUGACCAUCACAAGAAGACAUCCGGCAUCGGAAGGCAUUUAUGUACGAACGAUGCACAAUAAAAUGUACUAUGGAUGAUUCACCUUUCUUUUGGAUAUACUGCGUCGUCUAACAAGCAAGUGUCGCGUUCUCAAAAGAAGUCCUCCAAAACUGAAUGUGUGCGUGUGUGCGUGUGUGGACGCAAUCGCAGCAGAUUGGAAGGUUGUAAGCCGACGAUGUGUACCUCGUGUCGGCAGACUAGCAGGCAGAGACGACAUUUGGAUAAGGAUUAGGCGACCUCUCUCUCGCUUGCCAUGGUCGUGCCUCGUGUUCUCCACCUCAUCAAAGAUUGUGAAACAAGCAAGUUUACGGGAUCCUAGAGGAUUUAUAGGAGAUGUGCGCGAUUCAAAUGAUAGGUGAAUUGUUCCUUGCGUUGUGGUGUUUGCAUUUUGCCAGUAAUUCGGGGAGAGUGGAUCCAUAGUCCUAUGCCAAACCAGGAAAUGAAGCGUUAAUUCUCGAUAGAGCGCAAGUGAUAACAAAUUAUGCGGCAAUUGUCCAAAGCAGGUCCACCGGUAAUUUAGGGCAUUGCCACCUGUAACUCGUGGAAUGAGGGAUUGAUGGUCAAUUGAUGUUCUGUUGCUGGUUGGAUCCUGAGAGAUGGGCUGGAUCAGAUGGCAGUGCUUGGCGGGCAAGAUGUGAUGACGAAACAGGUGCCUUUUGUAUUCCAUUGUAAAAUGGCAGAAAAACGUGAAUAAAUGUGAGUUUGACAAACGCUCUCCAAGUGGAAAUUUUGUAUAAACAGAAGAUAUGACAAAGGAUAGCCCAUUUGAGAUUUUAUAUUAAAUUAAUUUGCGUGUACUGCAUAGUAAUAAAACCGAACUGCAGUGUAAAGUGGCCGUCUAGGUAGUGGGCAUGACUUGCUACUAGAUAAGCGCGAACGACAAUGUCCACAUUGUCCCCGCAGCGGGGGGGCUGAGGGAUACCGACUGUCGAUGAAGCUACCACUCAUUCUCUCUCUAUAUAUCUCUCUCUCUCUCAUCUCUCACACACAUCUGGACAGAGUCAGGAAGACCAGACGUGGGAUCGGGCGCAUCCAAAUCUGACUAAAUCGGAAACUUGUCAGGCGUAAAGGAUAUUUAUGCAGAAAACGCUUGGUCAUGGCCAAAUUCCACUGCCCAGUUUUGAGAGCUACGUCGGACACAAAAAUGCAUAGCAGCAUAUUCGAAAGAAACUUGCGACAGAUUUAUUGAAAUAAGUCGACCCUGCCCUGAGCUCGGCAAUUCGAAAAAGGUUGUACCAUUAAUGUAAAAUCAAUUUGGCCUACGUUGUCGCAAUUAGUAUCAGUUCGGUCAUUAGACAAUUCGUGUCAUUAAAGCGGUAAGCAAUCGCACAUUUUCAGUGCGCAGUGCCGUGUGCACCCAAGAUUGUUCUUCCCAAUCCACCCAGUGAAUCACAUGAGUUGGAGGACGCCUAUGUAGUUUAUUGAUGAGAUAUGAUCAUUGCGGUUGCGGUAAUUGGAUGCCGUUGGAGAAGCGGACGGAAAAGCGUGGGUGACAUGAAACUCAAUUGUCCGUUAUGCAGACGCUUUAAUUUUACGUGCAAAGUGUUGCAUUGAAUGCACGUGUGACGAUGGGAAGAGUUCAAAAUUAAAGCCAAAAGAAUCGGUUUAUUUCAAGCAUAAACAGGGCCUAAUUUUCUACCACCUGACUACAAGAAAGAAUAUUUUUCUUGAAUGUUUUCUAUAAAAUAUAUCUGAAGUUGUAAUGACAUCGAAAAUUAGGGGAAAAUGCAGACCAACUCAGUAGUACUUUUAGGCAGGCGGCUGAAAUGAGGCUAGUUCGAAAGCCGGUAUGCAGGCGUGAAUGGAAUAUCACAGGAUCAUGUAGCAGGAUGGUUAAUAUUAUAACCCAAUUUGAGUAAUGUUUUUAAUCAAGGACAUUUUACAGAAUUUCGGUAAACAUUUCAAUAGAUAGCACAUCUACUGCACUAGGCAAUUUUUGCAUUUACGUCGACUUCCUAUUGGGAGGAGGAAUCAUUAUUGUUGUUUUGCCAAAUUAUUCGCAAACGCAAGAACUAAAUGGCUUAAAUGAACUUUUCGGUGGUGUGGUACGGUGAGAGCAGUCGGUCACGAAACAGAAUGCUCUGCCUAGGUGUUGACUGAGGACAUAUCUGAACUGAUUCAUACGAAAUAAAAUCAUCAUUUAUGUUUGCAUUUUUCUUUCCAUCUUUAGCAAAUUAUCGACUACUGGUCUUCGGACCACGGAUAUGACAAUAUGCCCACAAGUCUCACCAUUUGUUACAGGGUACUAUUUACACUCAAAAUGAUGUGCCCUAGAUUUCUAACCUUCUUGACAAGUGUGAUUACUUCAGACACUCAUUGCUGCAAUUGCAGUAGUAUGUGUGUGGGCCAAACUUGUCGCGCUAUGGAUGAAGUGCAAUCAAAUCAUUGUAGUUGAAGUAAAGGACAGAGGCAACUGGAAUAUCUAUUUCAAAAAAACACAACUCUGCAAGAAGAUAAGUUAAGAUGCAAAGACUGAUAGUGAAAUAAGUGUGUUAAAAAGCUGACGAAUUUGCUAGAUGAGCUAGGGCAAAGAACAUGCUGACUGCAUUUACACGCAAUACGUUCAGCAGUGCUUAAGUUAAUCUAACCAAACUUUGUCCAAGAUGUCAGCCUCUUGAUAGUUAUAGCAGGGACAUAUUAGAUGGGGUUUGGGGAGUUCUAACAGAACUCAUACCAUCGCAGUUUCGUUUGCCAACAAAGUAAAUCAUUUCUGAAACUUAUUAUUACUGGCAAUGAAAUGUGAUGCUUAUACGCGCACGAUUAGGAGGGAUUACAUACUUGCGGCUGUAAGACUGAUUAUCUUACAAAUCAAUCACAUGACAUUUCAGACACCGAAGAGUGUUGGCUUUUGAGUGAGCUGCUUUUCGGCAACCUACAGGAAUCCUUCUCGUUAAAAUGACAACUUAACUGGUAGGCAUUGCCCCAAUCACCCCUCGAUGUCCUGGUAAUUUCAAACAUAUUAUAUAAUAUUUCCUUAAACAUAUAAUUUCUUCUACACAUUCGGUAUGAAAUCACGUAUGUUUGAAAUAUUUUUCUUGAAAAAAGGGCGGCUUGCAUUUGCAGACAUAGGUUUGAUUCCCGAAUUGUUAUGAGCUUGAUCUGUCGUUGCACUUUUGCUUAGAGAAUUCAACCUUCAUAGCUCGUUUGCUCCGUCUGAUAAAAACGUGCAUUCUUUCACACCAUUAAGAAAAUACAAUAUGCAGCUCGGAAAACGUUGCAAGAAGUGUCAAAUGUGUUCCAUAUUUUAUGUAGAGCAUAAUCAAAAAGAUAUAUACAAUGUUCUUCGAGAAGACAUCGCACCGUCCUCAAAAGUCUCAUAAAGAGAUGCAUGUUUGUGAAAGAAAGAUGUCUUUUUUCAAGUAUGGAAAUUUAAGAAGGCGUGGUUUGUUACCAAAUGAGUACAUAGAAUGAUACUUUUAUCGAAUUUCUCCCUAAAAUCCAAUUAAAUUUACAAGGACAUCCAAAAUCGGACGAUAAAAUAGACACCAAGUUAGUAGUUAUUCUUACCGCGUGAGUGACUGAACGGCAACACCCUGAGGUGUUUGAAACAUACAAGGACUAUGCCACAAGUUAAUCAAUAUCGCAAACCCCACUUAACAAUACUUUCUAUUCGAAAGCACAUUUCAGAAAUUCGGUUUAAAUUUCAAGAGAUUUGUCACUCACAAUCUCAGGCGUAUUCAGUAUUGUGAGCUAACGGUUAGCGUGAAAAUCAAACCACGCUUGGAUGUGCUAACACAGCAAUUACCCAAAAAACUGUCGAGAUAGAUACUUUAUCUAGGCUCUGCGUAUCGGUAGAUUUUUCUACCUGAGGCUAAAAUUGGUUUUAUGCCAAUAAUUCGAUAUAUUUCGAUGGCAGAACUUACUCCACGGUUAGAUUAUUGCAGUAAAUUAGGGGAUGGUUCUUCUCCGAAUGUACUGACUUGUGCUUUGCACAUAACUAGUGAUCAGAGAUGUGCGGUAGGACGUGGGAACGACCAAGAGCUGCCUACUAAAGUGUAGCUUGAAUCAACUAGGUUUUCGAAGGGGUCAGACCUGCACUGUGAAAUUUCUUCACCAGUGACAUGGGGCAGGAGAAUCUCGUUCGCAGAAUGAGCUUAUCUCGACCCCUCGUCUGUGGCAGUCAGUCUGCCGUUCCAGCAAACCCCCCCCCGCCCCGUCCUGUUGUCUGGCAAAUUUUCCAAACGUUGGCGACAACAGCAAGGGCAAUUGAAAGGUUACGCGAGAGGAGGGGUCUGGUUGAGCUAGCGACCAUCUGAGUGUGUGCUGUCUCGUGUGGGAGACUGACCGUCAGUCCAGCCAUCGGACUUUCAACCUGAUGACACCGAGAACUGAGAGAUCGAAGAGUACAGGCUUGUGCGCAGCCAUGUCGCCUCAUGUGACCGCGACUGUCGCAAACCGAAUCCAGUCUGAGGGGCAGAUCGGUUAGUAAGAGAAACCUUUAGGUUCCCCAGCAUAGCGACGGAGUAACAAAAGUUGCCGAAAUUAAAUUUGCCUGAAAAUACUAGUAUUUCUUUGCAGUGGACUUUUACGUAGCCAACGAGUUCGUCGGUUUCUCGUUGAAUGACACCAUUUGCAGCCCAUAAAUCAUCGCAGGGAGCCUCAAAUAUUUUGCAUUCUUGAUGAGGGCAUCUUUAAACACACAGAUACGGUGUUAUUUGAACAGACAUUGCAUCGUUCGCAAAAUCUCAUAACGAGGAUCAUUUUAGGGUCUACCGAUGCCCCUUUUUCAAGUGGAAAAUUUGAAGAAUGCAUAAUCUGCAUUCAAAUGAGUACAAAAAAUAGUAUUUGUAUGGAGUUUCUCCCUAAACGAACGACCUAAUUCACAAGGUCAUCGAACACUGGUGGAGGAUCUGCACGCUAGUUAAGUAGCCAUUUUUUCCAGUGAGGUCUCUGCAGAUGGCUGAAGAGUCCUGCAGUUUACUGAAACAUCACAGGAAUAUUCCACAAGUUAGUCAACGUCGCAACCGCACAAAAAAUACUUCCUACUACAAAGCGCGUUUCCGAAGUUGGGCUAACAUUUCAUGAGAUCGGUAGCUCACAGGCGCAGACGAACGCAGUAUUGUGUGCCAAAGACUAGCUUGAAAAACGCAAUACUCCGCUUCUUUUGACUUUCAAUUUUCUUGGACGCGGAAACACAGCAAUCGCUCAAAAAACACAGAGUCGUCUAUUUUAGUUAGGCGCUGCUUAUAGGUAGAUUUUGCUACUUGAAGCUCAAAUUGAUUUUCUGCCAAUAGUUCGAUAUGCUACGACUGCUUGGUUUGUUUUACGAUGAGAUAAUUUCAGUGAAUCAGGGGAGUGAGACAUUCUUCUCCGAGUGUUCUGCCUUGGGCUUUGCAGAUGACUAGUUUUCAAAGUCGCGCAGUGGGACGUGCAUGUGACUAGGAGCUGCCUGCCAAAGUGCCUUCUGGGUCUGAUGGGAGUUCAAAGGAGACAAACCUCACUGUGACAUUUCUUCACCCCUGGCAGGCGGGGGGGGGGGGGAGGCGGGCCGGAGAUGGGGACGCGGGAUCAUGUUCGCUAAAUGAGCAACUCUUUUCCAUUGUGCGCCAACGAUUAACGUGAAAAACACAAUACUCCGCUUCUUUUGCCUAUCAGUUUCCUUGGACGCAUCAACGGCAAAUUGCACCCAAUCACUGACCGACUAGGCGAAUGGGAGAGAGACUGAUAGUGCGGUUGACAUUACGGAAUCGUUUCCCACGCAUUCUUCACAAAAGAUAUUCAGACCCACUUUGAAACUAUCACAAGGUGCUGGGAAGACCUAUUAUUACUGGCGAUGAGAAGUCGUGCUUAUGUGUGGUCGAUCAGUAAGCAUUGCAUAAGUACGGCUGUAAGAUUGCCUAUCUUACGAUGCAAUCACAUAAUAUUUCAGACACCUCAAGGCGUUGACUACUGAAUGCACCUUUUUUCGACCAUCUACAAAGCCUUUCUUCACGAACCUGACUAAUUCAUUGAUGGGCAUUUUCCAUGUCGAUUUGCGAGGCCUCUGUAAUUUCAGGCAUGGGGUAGAUAACUGGUGUGUAUUUCAAAUUCUUAUCUUGUAAACGGCAGCUUAUGGUUUUUAAGAAGACGUUUUGGGCACCGAGUGGAUUUAAAGUCGAUUUGGCGUUGCGAUGUCGCUUAUGGAGUUAAGCCUACACUGUGCAUAGGUUCCAGGCAGGGGGAGAACUAUGCAGUCCUACACGCCAUCACGAAAAUAUGAUACGCAGCUAUUACACUAAGUGUCAUUUCUGUUGUAUAUUUUACAGGGAACAUUUUACAAGAUCUUCGAACAUCGGUAGAGUAAAUUCGUGCUCGCUAAGUGGCCAUAUAUGUCCAGUGAGGAAUUUGCAGGUGGCCGAAAAGACCUGCGCUCAAAUGCCAACACACUGAUGUGUCUGAAACAUCACAGGACUAUGCCACAAGUUAAUCAACAUCGUUAACCCACUUAAGUAAUGCUUUCCAGACGAAAUUACAUUUUAGAAGUUGGGCUGACAUUUACUGAGAUCGCUCACUCAGACAUACUCGGUUUUGUGUGCUAAAUAUUGACGUGCUCCGUAUCCUUUGCUUAUCAACAUGAUUAGAUGGUGAAACGCAGAUAUUGUCCAAAGAAUAAUGCUUCGUCAAUGAAUCGAGGCAACUCGUUAGACUGCAAUUCGUGCAGUGAUUUUCCACCACGGAAGGCGGUUGCAAUGGUUUCAUUUGACCGGUAUAACUGAUGGCAUCACCAAAAUGUAUCGUAGAGAACUCUACUAGGCAUAUUCUCUUGGGUUGCCUUGCUGUUAAUCCUCAGUCGGUGAGGAGAGAGCGUAUCGAUGUAGAAUGCCGCAUUGGGUGGAAUUCGAUGCCUGAAAGACUGAGCGGUUGGCCUUCAAGAACGUGUUGGGUGACUCAAUCACCUGGUUUGAUAGACGCAUGCAGGGCCCGAUUCUAACUGUCCUAAUGGCAAAGUGGGCGAAACCAGUGGUGGCUUCUCGGAAAGUAGCCUGUCUCUCCUAAAAGUACGCCAAGGAUGUAGUUUAAUUAUAGAAUUACAAAAUGACAUGUAAAAUCAUGUAAAGACGAUGUGUGACCAAUAGGGAUUUCAAGUCCGUUCACCAGUACUUCCCUUAAUAGAACUGAAGUGAGCUGUAAGCGACUGAAAAGUUACAUUUUGACUACAAAUGGCCACUGGCAUACGUUUCAUGCAAGGAAAAAAACAUACAGAUAUGAGGUUAUUUGAACGGGCAUUGCGUUGCUCUAACAUUCUCAUAAUGUGAAACACUUUUCGGAUCGAAAUCAUGACGAAAUCUGACCGUCAGACAGGGGUCAUCAGACACUCACAACACCAUGUCAAACCAGCGCAUGAUGUUUAAUCAUAUGAUGAAAGAGUGCAUUACACUGGUAGACGAUUGCUUUCCAACAGACGACGAACUGCCAUGAUCACUCCCCAGAAAAUCAUUUGAUAUUAAAUUAAUUUGCGUGUACUCCAUCGCAAUAAAACCGAAUUGGAGCUUUAAGUGUCUGUCUGGGUGGUCGGCGUGUCCUGACACAUCGAUAACCGCGAGCGACGAUGUCCACCUCGUCCCCACAGUGGGGUGGGCGUAAGGAUAAUGACUGCCACUCAUUCUCCCUCUCUCUCACACACAUCUGGGCGGGGUGUCAAGACAGAGUCAGGAAGACCAGAGGUGAGAUCGGGCGCAUCUUCGUGUGCCGAACACCUCUGCUCCGCACAUGAUGAAACAGACGGACGGUUAUUCGAUGCACGACCUACAAUAAUUCGACGCCUUUGCAGGAAACGAGUCUUCGUGUCUAUUCCACUGAACAGACGCGUGUAUGCAUGGAUCAUACUUGUAGCCUAAGACAUCCAGCAUGCUUUGCUGCAUUCUGCAUGCAACAGAGCAACAGUCUGCCGAUGUCCUGUAGGAAUCAUGUUAAGGAAAGACACCCAUGAGUAGCAGAUACGACGACUACUAAUCAAACAGUGAUGGUGCACAAUUGGAAGACGCCUGUUCAUGCGCGAGGAGAAGGUUGAAAUUCAUAGCUGUAAGAAGGCUUCGAUGCUCGCCAGUUGCUGGUAUUUGCAGAUAUAACUAACUAUCAUCUCCCGUACUCUCUCUCAAACACACGCAGAAGCUUCAAUAGUACAUGACUGGCCGAUCUUCUGAAGUGUUGACCUGAAAGAUGAAAUGUGUUCUCAUCUAGUAGGGAUUACUUUGUUGGGGUUCUAAUGCUGAUUAUGGUGCGGCAUGAUCGAAUGGUAUUUCGAACACGCCAGGCUGUUGACUUUUAAAUGAACUUCUUUUCGGCUGACAACAAAAUACCGCCCUCGGCAAACAAUAACUAAUUUUUAUGAUCUUGAAUUAUUCCGAUUGCUCCUCAUUGCCUCUUCAUAUGCAAACGCAUUUCACAGAAAGCAUACAUAAACAUUCCCACACCCAGCUACUCUCCAUACCGGCCAGCAGGCUGGAGCGGGAAAUAGGCGCGGUGGAUGGCAUGGUCGAUUGACCAUGUCUGCGCGUGUCGCGCGCAUGACCUGGCCCUCCAGACACACACACACACACACACACACACACACACACACACACCAGGAUUUCACUCAACGGGGGUUGAACGGCGUAUUUCUCACUUGCGUGAGAGUGCCGAGGAAUGUGCUAUUACGGCAAGUCUCCCAGGCCAUCAGUCCGCCACUCCACACAAACACACACACACACACACAACGGGACGGACGGCGUGGACCGAGUGGGGGGCGUCAAUCAGCAGCCUUUCUAUACACGACGCUUAACGCGUCGGGAUAGUCUCAGAAUCGGGUCACUCGUGCAGCAGGAGCCGCACGGAGACCGAGUCGAGAAGCAAACUUCUCACUUUGCGUGUGAAGUGGCAGUUAGGGGCUUUCGGUGGGUGAUGUUGAUUUCUGAUGGUUAGAUGAUGAUGAUGAUGAUGAUGAUGAUGAUGAUGAUGAUGAUGAUGAUGAUGAUGAUGAUGAUGAUGAUGAUGAUGAUGAUGAUGAUGAUGAUGAUGAUGAUGAUGAUGAUGAUGAUGAUGAUGAUGAUGGUGAUGAUGAUGAUGAUGAUGAUGAUGAUGAUGAUGAUGAUGAUGAUGAUGAGGAUGAUGAUGAUGAUGAUGAUGAUGGUGGUGGUGGUGGUGGUGAUGAUGAUGAUGAUGAUGAAGGGGGAAUGUCAUGCUGUGGUGCAGCCGGCGUUUGUCUACCGCAGGUUUUUUGGAUGCGCAUGUUUCCGAAUAGGCCUAUACAGUGUAUAAAUGUGCGAGGGCAGAUUGGACAGUGGAGUCGGGUGGUGGUGGUGGUGGUGGUAGUGGUGGUGGUGGUUGUGAAGAUAAAGUGGGAAUGUCAUGCUGUGGUGCAGCCGGCGGUUGUCUACCGCAGGUUUUUGUGGAUGCGCAUGUUUCCGAAUAG